AUACCAAUUUCUAGUAAAAUACCUAAUAAAAGUUUUCAAGACAAAAAAGAGGUUAUAGCAAAAAUUUAUAAAGAAAGUGAUCAAAUUCCUGUAACUAAAUCUUUGGUAGAAGCUAAUAUUCAAAAACUACCUUUAAGAAAUCAACCACAAGACCGAAGCUGGUUAAGAUUAAGAAAAAGACUUCAAGAAGCUAUUAAAGUCAAAUAUAAUAAUCUUAUUAUAAGUGAUCCAAAAGUAGCCUGUUUUACUAAACUCAGUUCUAAAAGUUGA